GCUGCGGUUGUUCUCGUGAGUGUGGGGCCACGACUCCGCUCGCGGCCGACCUUAGCGCUCUCUUGAGAAAAUGGGAGUAAUAGACAGUACCGGAGAGGGAGCGGAGUGUGCGGAACACGCGCCCGAGGAAGAGCCACUGAAGGGCAACCUGAAGGUGACUUCACCAGAGGACGCCGAGCACCAUCGCAAGCAACCUGCAGGGGGCGCCUGUGCGCCUGAGCUAGCGUCUGCCAACGGGCCCGGGGCGCAGGGUUACGGCGGGGCCAGCCGGGCGGGCGUGCCUCGCCGGCACACGGUCGCAGGAGCACGGAGCUCGCAGGAGAUCCUAGCCAUGCAGCCCUCGGACAUGGACAAGAAGAGGGAGGCGUUCCUGGAGCACCUGAAACAGAAGUACCCUCACCACGCCUCAGCCAUCAUGGGACACCAGGAGAGGUUGCGAGAACAGUGUUUGCAGGGGAUGCUGUCGUCCCUGCAGUGUGAGCUUAACAUUCAGAGAUAUCUGCUAAAAAUUGAGUCUCUCCAUCAGUCCCAAAGCCGGAGUCCCAAGCAGGGCGUGUCGUGCCCCAGUCCCGUGCCUGCGUUCGGGGAGCAGCCAGAGCAAGGCUCCCAGGCCUCGCUGGACACGCUGGAGGCCAUGUCAGAGUGCGACGCCCCAAGCGCCUUCACCCGUGGGUCGCGCUCUCGAGCCAGCCUGCCCGUGGUCCGCUCCACCAACCAGACCAAGGAUCGCUCGCUAGGUGUGCUAUACCUGCAGUACGGCGAUGACACAAAACAGAUCCGGAUGCCAAAUGAAAUCACGGGUGUAGACACAGUGCGAGCUCUGUUCGUCAGCGCCUUCCCCCUGCAGCUCAGCAUGAAAAUGCUCGAGUCCCCGAGUACGGCCAUCUACGUCAAAGACGACAUGAGGAACAUGUACUAUGAGCUCAGUGAUGUCAGGGGCAUCGUGGACCAGUCCUGCCUCAAAGUGUACCACAAGGACCCAGCGCAAGCUUUCAGCCACGGGGCCCGGCCCAGCAACGGGGACACCAGGAUGCACAGAGAGGUGAUGUACGCAGCUCGUGACGGGCCGCUUCUAAUGCGGCAGGCCUCACUCGGCCUGUCCCCAACCCAUGCCAUGCAGGGUUCGAUGUCACCCCCAACGCCCCAAUCCAUGCCCCCUUCACCAUCACGCAUCCCCUUUGGCCCCAGACCCCCGGGGCCGGCAGGAGCCACUGUGCCCCGGGAGAGGGCGGGGCACACUCUGGCCACGCCCACCCGCUCCGCCUCCCCAUGCCCCAGCGCCAUUCUCGAGCGCCGCGACGUCAAGCCAGACGAAGAUGUCGGCUCCAAGAGCAUGGUGCUUCCCGCCCGCGGGGAGGGGAUUUACGCAGACCCCUAUAUGUUACACCACCAUGCCCCGCCCCCUGACGCAGUGGACCACGCCUACCACCGCGGCCCCGUCCGCCCCUAUGGUCCUCCUGGAAUGCCGACGGACCCAGGAGAGCAUCAUUCACUGUUUCGGCAGAAGAGCAGGAAGUACACGGAAAGCCAGCUGCCCACACUGGGGGCCAAGACGCCGCCCCCGUCGCCCCACAGGAUGGGCGAGAUGAGGGUGAUUGACAUCCAUGCUGGCCAGUCCCAAAGUGCCGUGUCUCUGGAAAGGUCGUCGCCUGUCAGGCAGUCCUUCAGGAAGGAUGCACCUGUCUCUAUGGAUAUGGUGGUGAAAAGCAGGAAUGCCUUGGCAUCCCCUGUGACCCCUGACCUUCAGCCCCAUUGUCCGCUGGUCCCACCUGGUGACCCUCAAACACGAGAGAGAAUGAAGGCUAUGGAGGAGCAGAUAGCCAGUCUGACUGGUCUUGUGCAGCAUGCUCUCUUAAAGGGCCCCAGUGUGAACGGCAACGACAGAGAGCAGGCCAGCGACACAACAGUGAAGUCAGGAUCACCUGUGCACAGCAUGUCCAGCACAGGAGGGUCUCCAGUGCUUGGACCCAGAAGCAGCACAGUCCCACCUGAAAGUUUCUCCACCUCUACUCCACCCAUCAGCUCCACCCCUCUGCAGGUGAAUCUCGCCCAGUUCAGGAAGAAUGUAUCAGAGCUCCGCCUCCAGCUGCAGCAGAUGAGACAGCUGCAGUUGCAGAAUCAGGAGUGCGUGAGGGCUCAAAUAAAGCAGGCCGAGCAGGAGAUCAGUGUAAGGCUGGCUGAAGCACUGCGGCUACAGGAAGACCCUUCACACAAGCAGCGCAUGCUGGUGGAGGAAGACAGACACAAAUAUCUCUCCAUGGAAGAGCGAGUCCUCACACAGCUGGGGGAUUUAGAGUUCUAUGUGGAGUCUCUGAAAAGAGAGCCGAGUUCAGACGUAACUCCACGUUGCGUCACCCUGAAGGAAGUAGAGGAGGGGGCUAUCAGCCUGAGGAAGGUGGGCGAGCACCUGGCAGGACUUAAAGGAGAGUUCCCGGGCCUGCAGGCGCGGAUGCGCGCCGUGCUCAGGGUGGAGGUGGAAGCCGUGAAGUUCCUGAAGGAGGAGCCACACAAGCUGGACAGCAUGCUGAAGAGGGUGAAGGUGCUCACCGAUGCGCUGAGCACUCUGCGCAGGUCUGUCACCGAGGGCUUGCUAAAACCUCCAGAUCCUGUUACCAUGACGACUUUGACUGCAGUGGAGGGGGUGGAGUCAGCCCCUCCUGCUGAUCUCCAGGACCCAGUGACCACGCCCCUCCUUGAGCCUCAGAGUUCCUCUGUUAGGUCUGAGGUCAUCAACUCCAACCCUGUGGUGAUCCACCACGCCCAGAGCUCCCCGGUGACGCCGCGGCAGUGCCAGCAGUCGGCGGCACCCUCGUCCGCCAGCCCCGUGCAGCUCAAGAAACCCAGCGCGCUGCAACCAGACCACGGCCCGCCGUCGAGCAGCGUCGCCAACGGCAGCGCCCGCAGGAGCGCGGCUCCUGGUGACGACGUAGUCCACGACGGCGGGGCGUCUCCGGUCCUGUUCAUAGAAGAGAUCACAAACCACAGCAAGGGUAAAAACAGAGCCACGUCGAUAGAGGCUGCUGAGAGAGAGUGGGAGGAAAAGAGACAGAACAUGGGCCAUUACGACGGGCCCAAAUUUGAGAGGAUGCUCCAGGAGGCAGAAGCAAACAUGCUUAGGGGGAUACCCAGCCUUGAGGGUCCAAGCAAGGGGGACAGCCCACCGAGUCCCUCUGCAGUGGCUCCCGCUGCUCUGGAGGAUAUGGUGGAGAAGCACCAGCCUUCUGCCAUCCCCGCACAAGAAAACAACCAACCUGAGUCACCCAGUUCUGAGAAGCCCCCUAAGACCGGGCCAGAAAAAGCCCCCAAAGGGCAGCUAGAGAAGCCAGCUAAAGCAACCACAGUGGAGAGGCCUGCUAAAGCAAACCUGACGGUCAAAACCAGCCUUGAGAAAGCCACGAAGCAUCAGGACAAAGUCACCAAGCUGAGUCAGGGCCCAGACAAGACCAACAAACCCCCACCUCCUCCCCCACCACGCAGGAACUACCCCACCACACCCCCCAGCACAGGCAUGACCACCACGCGCUCAGGAGAGCUCGUCUGCAUCAGCAGGAAGGAGUCAGGCUCUGUGCCGGGUGCUGCAGGGGAACAGAGUUCUGCUCCGAAGUCCAAACCCAAGAGUCCCGUAGAGGCGAAGCCAAAGUCCUGUGCCCCGCCUGCUCUUCCGGCCUCGGCUGUGGCUGAGGGGGAGGACAAUGGAGACAAGAUCAUGGCAGAGCUACAGGUUUUCCAGAAGUGCUCUGUUAAGGAUGUAGGGCUCAAAGGUUUGGUAGAGCCACAGAUCAAAGAGCUAAGACCCGGGGCCUUACCGCCCCUCAGAGAUAAGAAGCAGAAUACAGAAAUCCAAGAAGACAAAGUUCUGGUCACAGAUGAAAAUGGCAACAACACAGUCCGUCAAAGUCCAGGGGUCAUCUACUAUGUCACAGCUCAAAUCACCAAGGACACACCAGAGGAUUCAACUGACCAUAGAUCUGCAUCUCAAUCGUCCUCAUCACAGGUUUCACAUGUCAGUGCUUCUGAAAAAAAAACAAAAACGCCACAGGUAUCCUCAGAUGGCUCAUCUGGUAGCCCAAAGAACAGAGUCCCUGACAACAUACGUGGCCUUCCUAGUGCUCUGUCCUUUAAACAGCUCACUCGAUCAAGCUCACUAAAGUCAAAACACCAGUCUCCAACUGAAGAAGGGCCAGGUAGCCCAACACAGGGGAAGGUACAUGUGGUCAAGGCUCCCCAGGUACAAGUGAGUGUAGAGGAGAGGGUGGAGUCUCCUACAGCAGUUUGCACACCUGUUUCAGUUAGGUGCCCAGACCUGAUCCCUUGCCAGGCAAGCGCAAGCUCUGGUGAGUUGGGAUCGGCAAGUCGGGAGCUUGUGUUUGGUUCAUGCAAAGCUAGAGAAAGAAAGUAUGAAGAAGAUGAAAAUGAUAGCGAGGCCUUCCUCAGUCCUGACUUGCCAGGAGAAGAGCCUCCUCCUCCUCCACCUGAUAAUAUUGCCUUCAUGAUCACCAACACCAAAGUGCAGGCUUUGUCCACUGGGGAGUACCAGGAGCUUGUCAAUGCCAAGAGAGGUAAUGUGCAAACUGUCACUGUUGGCAGCAAACCACAAAGCAAACAUGGCAAUGACAAAGUUUCUCAAAUUGUCACCAACAGCGAUGGACCAGAUGAUGUUGAAAACAGUGGAUUCAGUAAAAAACCUGUCAUUAUAAUUUUCGAUGAACCAAUGGAUAUCCACUCAGCCUACAAACGUCUCUCUACCAUCUUUGAGUGUGAAGAGGAACUGGAAAGGAUGCUGUCAGAAGAAAGGAUAGAAGAGGAAAGUGAGGAAAAUGAGGAUGAGGAGGAAAGAACUGGAAGGAUACAGGUCAAACUGAAGGAGGAUAUGGGAAAUUCUGGGAGGGCACCAAGUGAGUCAAGCCCUUUCUUGGGCACUGGGGACAAGUGCCAUGUGUCUUCAUCCCCACUGUUAUGUGAUGGGGGAAUGCUAAAUGAGACUGCAACUGAUCCCAAGCAGGAGGCUAAGAAGAAGUUUAAGUUAAAAUUCCCUAAGAAGCAGUUAGCAGCUCUGACACAAGCACUUCGCACUGGUACCAAGACAGGCAAGAAAACCUUACAGGUGGUAGUCUAUGAAGACGAGGAAGAGUCAGAUGGGACUAUUAAGCACCACAAAGAGACCAAAAGGUUUGAAAUUGCGAGAUCCAAAGAGGAAUCAGCAAAAUCCGAAUCAACCCUUCAGGAAACUCAUGGACGGACAGAAGAAAUCCGAAAGAGCACUUACAAGACUCUUGACAGCCUUGAGCAGACCAUCAAACAGCUGGAGACCACCAUCAGUGAAAUGGGACCAAGGUCUCCUGAGGAUCUGCAACCUAAUGAGUGCUCUAAACAUCACAGCAGCCCAGGUAGGGAGACCUCAGACAAAGGGACUCCUCAGAAGACCUUCGUUUCCAAACCCUCCAGCAAGAGUUCUGGACUUCGGAAGAAGCCCAAACCACAGAUCCUUCCUCGGCCUUCCACGAUCCCCACCACAGGCGUAUCCAUCACUCCAGCAUCUUCCCAGCAGAACGCCAGCGUGUCCUCACCUACUAGUCGGAUGCCGGUGCCCAUGUCUGCCAAGGCCAGGCAGCCGCCAGGCACCUCAGACAGAGAGAGGGCAGCAAAACAGCAAAAGCUACAGGACUCUCAGAGGCAGUUCCGCCAGGCUAACGGAAGUGCUAAGAGAUCUGGAGGAGAUCCCAAAUCCACUUCCCCUACCAUGCCUGCCUCUAAAAUUCCUGCUUUUUCCUCUAGUACAGGAAAAGGUGCUUCCCAGUCUGAUUCUACUAACCCUGUUAACUCCUCGAUUGCCCCCACUUCCUCUUCCUCCCUUUCAACCAACAAGUCUUCCAUUCCCACUCAUCGCUCAAUCCCUGCCCCGUCUUCCCAGAUUCCCUCCCUAUCUAAUGGCUCUCUGAAGCUCGCACCUGCCACUCACAGUGCUAAAAGCCUGUCUUUAUCCACACAGACCCAAAAUGGCAGACCUUCCUCUUCUUCCUCUUCCUCUACCCAUUCCCCUUUGUCCCCCACCAUGUUGGCUCAGGGUGUGAAGAGUAUCCGAACCAUACACACACCCAGCUUCGUCAGUUACAAUCGGCCACACAACGGGAGUGCUGGAAAAUCAGCUAUCCCUAUGGCAACAGCCACCAAGGACGCUUCAUGAAAUGCUCAGCCACUAUCAUACAGUCAUGUCUUAAUGAGGUAUUGUUCCUGCUCAUUAACUCAAGUUCUUGGGGUUUUUUUUAACACAGCUUUGUUCCAUCCCCCACCCCCUGAUUUUAUCAUUAUUUUGCUGUUGCCUUGCAUCCAGUGUUCCGACUGCACUUUGUGGGAUUCGG